AGCGUAGUUAGUGACGUGAUUUAAUAAUUAUGACUGCGAACUUGUGUAGAAGUAUUAUUUGUUUAAUAAUAAUUCUAGCCAGAGAAGGUGAAUCCCUCCAAUGUUGGUCAUGCUCUUCUAUCUAUGAGCCAGGCUGUGAGGAUCCGUUCAAGCCCAACGAUCUUACGGCGGGAGAAGAGUAUUUUCUGGUCGAUUGCAACCGCGAUUACAUAAUUAAUGGAAGUAUGGUGAACCCACACCUCAUGGAUCAUAUUUUCGGGCCUGACGCCAAACCUUAUUGCAGAAAAACAGUUCGUCAAGUAUAUGGGAUAACCAUAGUUAAUCGCGGAUGCUCUUUCGGUAACUUUUCUGAGGACUGUUCGAAUGGCUAUGAUACCUGCGACAGCACGGCCUGCCACGAAGAUGGCUGCAACACGGCCCCAACCCUCAGCCGAAUUUCCAUGCUGUUUACACCUAUUAUUACAUUAUUACUCUUGAGUUAAAUGAUAAUACUCUCCAAUAAUCCUCAGUUACAAAACAAAA